GCCUGGUCAACUUGUUCGUACACUUCCGGUUGCAUGUGUCUCACAGCUCUAUGUUUUUAAGGAUACAAGAACCCAGUGAACUGACUUACUUGCUGUUUAAAUGGAUCUGCUACCAUCAUCCCAUGCGGAAUUCAGUUCCUCGAAGUACUGGGACUCAUUCUUCAAAAAGAGGGGCCAGGCAGCGUUUGAAUGGUAUGGGGAAUAUCCUGAAUUGAGUCAAGUCUUACAUAAAUACAUCAAACCUGUUGAUAAAGUAUUGGUUGUGGGGUGUGGUAAUUCAAGACUCAGUGAACAGCUUUAUGAUAUUGGUUAUUAUAAUAUUAUUAAUAUUGAUAUCAGUGACAUAGUUAUAAAGCAAAUGAAAUCAAGAAAUGCAGAAAAAAGGCCAAAAAUGGUUUAUCAAAAUAUGGACAUGUUAAAUAUGGAGUACACUGACAGUGAGUUUAAUGUAGUUUUAGAUAAAGGCACAUUAGAUGCCCUGAUGACGGAUGAUACUCCAGAUGUACAAGAACAAGUUAACAAGAUGUUUGCAGAGAUUAAUAGAAUAUUAAAGAUUGGUGGGCGUUAUAUUUGUAUAUCUUUAGCACAGGGUCAUAUUUUACAGAAAUUAUUGACCUACUUUCCAGAUGAAGGUUGGAUGGUGAGAGUUCACAAAGUUGAACAAAACAUAUCAAGUGAUACCACCAAAAGAGACUUUCAACUUCCAACAUUUGCUUUUGUAUGUACAAAGUUUAAAAGUGUACCACAAAUGGAAAACAAGUUACUUGAAGUAUGUAUGGAUGACAGUGGUAAACUGAACAGAGUGAAAACAACUCUAGAUGUCAUGAAAGCUGUGGAAGAACAACAGCAUUAUGCAAUGAUUAGACAAAGUUUAGUUAACAAAAGUCAUAUUGAUGAAGAUAUCUCGUUGGAUCUUUGUGUCAGUUCUUCUGAUAUCCCAAGAUAUACCCUACACAUAGUUGACAACUUACAUGCCAGGCGUCAUCACCAAAUAUUUGCUGUUUUUAUUGUCCCACAAGGAAGGGAAACUGAAUGGUUAUUUGGUGACAGAGAAGGCAGAAAACAACUUGCAGACUCAGCGGGAUUUAAGAGACUUAUUGUGGUUUUGUUACAUCGAGAACAUAAGUAUGAUAAUAUGGACAGUAUUAAAAGUGAAUUAUCAAGUAAAGUCAUGGAAUUAUCGCCAACUGGCAUGGAUAGACAGUUACAGGUGCCAUUUCUCUCAGUAGGUCAAGAUAUAGGUCAACGAACUAUUAAGUAUGAAGGUCACAGUGCCCUAAGUGGCAAGUUUGUUGUGGAGGAUGUUGAAGGUGAUAAUAAACAGAUUUUGAGACGACUGGUUUUUUACAGUAAUAAGAAUAUAGUACAAUCAGAAUCCAGACUUAUACAGGAGAUAAAAAGGAAAGCUAAAAGUAGGAAGAAAAAAACAUUAGUGGUUGUUGAUCACAGUUAUCUCGCCUGUCAACAUCAUGUUGCUAUGGUAUCGGGCAUAUCUCUCUAUCAGUGCUUCACAUCGUCUAUUUCUGUUGACGUCGUUGAGUUGGAUUCUGCCAUUGUUGAAGUUGCUACCAAAUGGUUUGGUUUUGUUGAAGAUGAACGAAUGAAAAUAUAUGUUGGAGAUGGUUUGAAGUUUAUUGAAAACAAAGCUUUGCAGGGAAGUGAGAAUGUUUAUGAUAUAAUAAUGUUUGAUAUUGAUAGUAAAGAUAAGACGCGUGGAAUUAGCAGUCCACCGACGGAAUUUAUACAAAAGGAUUUCUUAGAAAAAGUUGCCAAAAUUCUUCAUGACAAUGGUUUGUUUAUUCUCAACUUAGUAUGCCGUGAUAAGGAACUAAAGAAAUCAAUUUUAGAUGAUUUGAAGAUUAUUUUCCCAAGAAUAUACUGUAAUAAGAUUGAGGAUGAAGUUAAUGAGAUUAUAUAUAUCUCAAAACAGGGCGAUAUUGAGAAACAUGAAAUGUCCAAGAUAGUACAACAAAGCAAAGAUAAUGCCAAACAUUUGGAGACUGUUGCCAGGCAACAUACUGAUACGUGGGAUAGUGAUGUGGAUCUUGCUUCACAACUAGACAAUCUGGAAAUCUUUUAAAUGUAGAAAUGUUGUUAUUGCCAGUGAAUUAUUGCAUAUGCCAUUAACAACAACACAUUUUGCUUAUUGCUUAACACCUUGCAUUCCUGUUCCCAUUCCCGUUCAAUUCAGCUAAUCGUAGAGACUUUCAGCGGGUGUAGUGAUAAUAAUUUGAAAUGAAAACUAAUGAUGAAGCAUUGUCUUUUAUUCAUACUCUGUAUCAAGUAAAUGGAUCAAAUGUAGUAGAGGCAAUAGAAAGAAUAGCAAGAAUUUAGAUCAAUUUUCGAAUCGCAAGGACCCAUGUGUGAUUCUGGUGGCGUAUUUGAUCUCUGUAGUACAACUAUUCUGAUUGGUCUUGCUGGUAAAACAUCUGUCCAAUCAGAGUUGCCCUAGCAUUUAGCAAUAGACAUAAAACAAAAUAGUGAGUGUUGAAUUGCCAUAGAGGGCGUACUUUAACACACUCUCAUUAAACAGGAUCUACCAAGGUAAUAGUGGUGAGAAGAUGACCUUGGCUGGCAAAAUAAAUUCAGAAUAAUAAACAGAUCUAUAAGAU